CGGCAUGGGGGACUACGACGAGGCCACCGCCUUCCUGGGCGAGUGGGGCCGCUUCCAGCGGCUGGUGUUCUUCCUGCUGAGCGCCAGCAUUAUCCCCAACGGCUUCAACGGCAUGUCGGCCGUGUUCCUGGCGGGGACGCCGGAGCACCGGUGCGCGGUGCCGGCGGCGGCCAACCUGAGCGCGGCGUGGCGGAACCACAGCAUCCCGCUGGUGGAGCAGGGCGGGGGCCGGGGGCCCAGCCGCUGCCGUCGCUACCGGCUCGACGCCCUGCGCAACUUCUCCGCCCUGGGGCUGGUGCCCGGCACCGACGUCGACCUGGCCCGGCUGGAGCAGGAGAAGUGCCUGGACGGCUGGGACUACAGCCACGACGUCUACCUGGCCACCGCCGUCACGGAGUGGAAUCUGGUGUGUGACAACGACUGGAAGACUCCUCUCACGACAUCACUGUUCUUUGUGGGCGUGCUCAUCGGAUCCUUCAUAUCGGGACAACUCUCAGACAGGUUCGGCAGGAAGAGCAUCCUCUUUGCCACCAUGGCCGUGCAGACAGGCUUCAGUUUCCUGCAGAUCUUCUCCAUCAACUGGGAGAUGUUCACCGUGCUGUUUGUCAUCGUUGGCAUGGGCCAGAUCUCCAAUUACGUCGUGGCUUUCAUUCUAGGAACAGAAAUUCUUGGCAAAUCAGUUCGCAUUAUAUUCGCUACGUUAGGAAUUUGCAUAUUUUUUGCAAUUGGCUACAUGUUGCUGCCCCUAUUUGCUUACUUCAUCAGAGACUGGCGGAUGUUGCUACUGGCUCUUACAAUACCGGGGGUGUUCUGCGUGCCGCUGUGGUGGAUCAUCCCAGAGUCGCCCAGGUGGCUGAUUUCCCAGGGAAGAUUUAAAGAGGCAGAAGCCAUCAUCCGCAAGGCUGCAAAAAUGAAUAACGUGGCAGCCCCGGCGAUUAUAUUUGAUCCUAUGGAGCUACAGGAGCUAAAACCCCAGGACCAUCAGAAGGGUUACUUCUUGGACUUGUUCAGAACUCGCAAUAUUGCCGCCAUCACCGUUAUGUCUCUGCUGCUUUGGAUGCUCACAUCAGUGGGUUAUUUCGGUCUCUCCCUCGACACCCCGAAUUUGCAUGGGGACCCCUAUCUGAACUGCUUCCUGUCGGCCAUGAUUGAGGUUCCAGCCUACAUCAUAGCCUGGCUGCUGCUGCGGGCCCUGCCCCGCCGUUACAUAAUCUCCGGGACGCUGUUCAUGGGGGGUAGCGUUCUUCUUCUAGUGCAGCUCGUGCCCAAAGAUUACAAUUUCCUGUCCCUUGUGCUGGCGAUGCUGGGGAAAUUUGGAAUCACCUCUGCAUUCUCAAUGCUUUAUGUCUUCACCGCUGAACUCUACCCAACCAUAGUCAGAAACAUGGCAGUGGGGGCCACCUCCAUGGCCUCCAGAGUGGGCAGCAUCAUCGCUCCAUAUUUUGUUUAUCUUGGUGCAUAUGACAGAGUCCUGCCUUACAUCCUCAUGGGGAGUUUAACGGUGUUGAUUGGGAUCAUGACCCUGUUGUUGCCAGAAAGCUUUGGAAUGAUUCUACCAGAGACGUAUGAGCAGAUGCAGACGGUGAAAGGAUUCGGUUCCAAAAAACCCCUGCAGAACUCAGUCAAGCAAGAGAAGAACCCUCGGGUUACGAUAACGCCAUUCUGAUCCAUCAUCUCCCACCCAACCGGCCAAAAAGCGGACCAGCACGACUGUGGGGCAGCUGGGUCACCUCCUUGCCGAAGUAAUGGGGCCGCUGACCAUUUUGUUGGCCCAAGGUUAUGAGUGGAUUUUCUAUUCGUUGAGUCAUGGCCCUGCUCUUCCAGGAUCCUUUUGACUGUUAUCUCAAAACAGAAGGUCUUCAGAGGGCUCCCACUGGCGACUGUCUAACUUGCUGUUUGUGUGCGUAAGAGAGACUGGCCGGUGUCGGGGUGGGGAUUCCUGAACAACUUCCUGCCAGGACCGCAAUGCUCACUGUAGCUUGGGCUCAGACUGCUUAGUGGGGGACUUUUUGCAUUUCUGAGUUGGCCGAAAAGCCAGCACUCAAACUGUUGGCUUGUUGGGUUUCAUUUGGGGAGAGGGUGUUUACCAAGUCGAGCGUUGACAUUGAGAUUCAAAAUGCAGUAAGCGUUCUUAGAAUUAUUGGCCUGUAUAUAUAUAUACACACACAAUAUAUAAGUAUAUAUAUAUAUACUUUUUUUCCAUCA